AUGAAACGGGGAAAAUAUGAUGCAAAAGGCGGGUCGCCAAGUUGUAAAAUCUGCGGAAAGGGUCAUAAGGGCGAGUGUCGCUUCAAGGAUAAACCUCGCCCCAUAUGUCGGAAAACGGGGCAUAUGGCUUCAUCAUGCCCGGAAAAACUGACGGUUUGCUACAAUUGCUAUCGAACGGGUUACAAGAAGUCGAAAUGCCCUGACCUAGUGGGAAAGAAAGACGGGCAAGACACGAAAGGUGAAGCCCCAAAGGCAAAGGCUAGAUCUUUUCACCUAACUGCCGCAAAAGAGAAAGUAGAACCCGAAGUGGUUUCAGGUAUAUUUGCUAUAAACUCGAUUCCUGCACGUGUGCUAUUUGAUACAGGUGCGAAUAAAUCCUUUAUUUCAUAUGGGUUUAUUCUACAUCCUUUAUUUGUUCUAACUAAGCUACCUAUGCCCUUAGAAGUAGAGAUAGGUAAUAACAAGAGUUUUAUGUUUUGUGAUGUAUGUCAAAAUUGUAAAUUGAGCAUCGAUGACGAAGAGUACUCAAUAGACUUAAUCCCAAUGUUGAUGGGAAAAUUUCAAGUGAUCGUGGGUAUGGAUUGGCUGUCCCGAUAUCACGCAAAGGUAGCAUGUUUCCACAAGGAGAUAAAAUUGACGUCUCCUAGCGGAAAGCACAUUACUAUAUACGGUGAAAAAGGGGGUAACUCGGUGGUAUGUACAAUGCUAGAAGCUCACAGACUUAUGAAACAUGGAUGCAAGGCAUAUAUGGUAUACGCAAGUGAGUCGGAGAAAGAAUCCCUAAAAAUCGGAGACGUGCCGGUGGUACGUGAUUAUGAAGAUGUGUUCCUAGAAGAUUUACCGGGAAUACCACCAGAACGAGAGGUAGAUUUCAGAAUCGAACUGAUUCCGGGCGCAAAACAUGUGGCCAAGGCGCCGUACCGGCUUGCGCCGUCAGAGCUACAAGAAUUGAUGUCUCAGAUCCAAGAACUGCUCGACAAAGGCUACCAUGCUAGUAUCAGGAUGGCACCGUACGAAAUGCUGUACGGUAGGAAAUGCAGGACUCCAUUGUGUUGGGGUGAGGUGGGUCCAUGUGAACUUGCCCAUAAAGACAUAGUUCGAGCCACUAAUGAAAAGAUUGAUGUGGUUCGGGCACACUUAAAAGCGGCUCAAGAUAGACAAAAGUCAUAUACGGACUAA